AUGACUAAAGAGAAAAGUUCAACAGCCACAACAACAACAUCAUCAUCAGGAGUAGAAUUAAAAGCUAGAACAGCUUUUAAUGAAAUAAAUAAACGUGCUAAAGGUCAACCAGAUCUUGUAAAAAAAGUUGGUGCAGUUAUUGUAUUUGAUAUAACAAAAGACGGAAAUGUUCAACAAAGUUGGACUAUUGAUGGAAAAAAAGGUACUAUCUAUGAAGGUAAACCCCUGGAAGGAACAACAGCACAAGUGACAAUUACAGUCGAUGAUAAUGAUUUUGUAGAUUUGUCUUCAGGCAAAGCUAAUGCACCUGCCCUUUUUGCUAAGGGUAAAUUGAAAGUAAAAGGCAAUGUUAUGUUAGCACAAAAAUUAUCUACAUUAUUCAAAGAUCAAGCUAAAUUAUAA